GUCCCGUCCAAACCUCCAGGUCCUCCUCCAGCAGCCGGACCUCUCGUACACCUGUGGUGUCACUUUCAACAACGCGACGCUUGGAUUAACAAAAAUCAAAUCAAAUCAAUCAAAUAUGAGCAAAGCCACUUGGAGAAGGAGCGCCGGUGCGACAUAAGGAGCAGACGCGUAUGCUUCAGGACAAAGGGGCUCUUGCAGGAUAUUACGAUGCAUCUCACAGCGGUGGUCUUAAUUCUGGUCGUGACAGGCAUCGCCAAAGGUUGGGAAUGCAGCGCGGGGUGCAACACAGAAAAUGGGUUUUGUGAGAAGCCAGGGAAGUGCAGGUGCAAGCCAGGGUGGCAAGGAGAGAACUGUGACCAGUGUGUGCCCUUCCCCGGCUGUCUGCACGGCACAUGUGAAAAGGCAUGGCAGUGUGUCUGCGAGGAGGGCUGGGUGGGCAGCCUGUGUGACCAAGAUACUCGCCUGUGCUCAUCCAGGCCUUGUGCCGGUAAUGCCACCUGCAUAGAGACAGGAGAGGGGGGAUACCUGUGCAUCUGUCCCCAGGGCUAUGCAGGUGAAAACUGCCACUUGAAGAGAGGACUCUGUCUCGCAAACAGCUCUCCUUGCCAGAACGGAGGCACAUGCACGGCUGCCGGUGGCUCAGCAAGUUACUCUGCCUGUUUAUGUCCCCCCGGGUUUUCUGGAGACUUCUGUGAGAUUGGCGUUGACAGCUGCCAGCCUAACCCCUGCCUCAACGGUGGCAACUGUACAAACCACGGCCUGGCCUUUACAUGUGUGUGUCCGCUCGGCUUCACUGGGUUCACUUGUAAUGACACCACCAGCCUCUCGCCCUGCGCUGGCAGGCCCUGUGCCAACAGGGGCACUUGUGUUGGUCAGCCUGAUGGAACCUUCCGUUGCAUUUGCCAGAAAUGGUUUACAGGUUCCACUUGUUCCCUGCAGCACAGGCCAAAGGCCAAGUCCAAGCCAGUCGGAGCCAGGCCAGUGGACCACAGAAUGUUUGCGCUGACUCCGCAGCACUACUCCCUCCCUGCUCACACCUUCCACAAGCUCCUCAGACCGCCCGAGAGAGACCUGCUCAAAAUCACCCUUAAGGAUACAGUCCACUCCCCUGGCGUCCUCGUCACCCAUGGUCAGCUCGUCUGCUUCGGCAUGCUGGCCCUGCUUACUUGCGUGGUCAUCCUGGGCACUACCGGCAUUGUGUUUUUUGGCCGCUGUGAGACGUGGCUGGCCAACGCCAAGUACAGCCAGCUUGUUCGGCAGCAAAGGGAACACCUGCUGCGAGAAGCCGGCGGCCCGAGCCAGGAGGAGCCGGAGCAUUCAGUAAACAUCAUCCUGCCGGAGAAGAUUAGACUCACCAGCUUUGGGAGACACUACACCUCCAUCUGAUUUAAUCGUCUCUGUCUCAUCCCCUUUCCCUCUGGAAGGAGUUUAAUAGAAAUGUCGAAAACUGGCACUGAGGAAAUACUAUGACUGUUGUACAGUUGUGUUAAUAAAGUGAAGCAUACUGGGCUGCACUGGAAUAUAUUUGAAUGUAAAGUCUACUGGACUAAGUGGACGACCAAGACACUGGAUUGUAAAUGUACUUUUUAUUGAACUGCAUAAAACUACCCGUUAAAAUGUAUGAAACCAUAAAAGAUGUUCUGCCUUUAUGGCUGGUAAAAAGAUGUACUCCUUUAGAUUUUUGACUUCACAUGGUUCAAGCACUUUGUUACAUGUUGAUUCAACCCUGUGUCCUAGAAAUUCUGUCUGUAUGUUAUAAAACUGCUUUCUUAAAUGCA